ACCAGGAAGUAACACAGAAAAGCGGUAACCCAGUGCUGUAUGUAAACAGCGUUUGCUUUCAGUGCUCAGUGUGUGUGAGUCCUACGUUAUGAGAGAGAGGCGUCGCGAUGAACUUACAUGUCGCCUUGUUUGUUCUGACAUGGAUUAAAUUAUGUGUGGCAGAAAUGUACAUUUUGGACGACAGGCUCGGACUGGGCAGGCGGUUUGAUGGUAUUGGAGGGUUAAGUGGCGGAGGGGCUACUUCGAGACUUCUGAUCAACUAUAAAGAACCUUAUCGGAGUCAAAUACUGGAUUACUUGUUUAAGCCUAACUUCGGAGCUUCACUACACAUUCUUAAAGUGGAAAUAGGAGGUGAUUCGCAAACAACAGAUGGCACUGAAUCUUCACAUAUGCACAGCAGCACUGAUGAGAAUUACUUCCGUGGCUAUGAGUGGUGGCUUAUGAAGGAGGCCAAAAAGAGGAACCCAAACAUCAUACUCAUCGGUCUCCCAUGGGCUUUUCCAGGAUGGGUUGGUAAUGGGACCAACUGGCCGUACAGCUUUCCAGACAUUACUGCUAACUAUGUUGUGUCUUGGGUGAUUGGCGCUAAACAACAUCAUGGUUUAGAUAUUGAUUACAUAGGGGUAUGGAAUGAACGGAGAUUUGAUUCGAAGUACAUCCAGGUUCUUCGGGACACUUUAGACCGAGCUCAUUUACCAAACGUAGGCAUCAUUGCAGCAGAUGGGAAUUGGGACAUUUCCAGUGCCAUGCUUGUUGAUUCCUAUCUCAAUGAUGCUGUUGAAGUUAUUGGUGUUCACUACCCUGGUACAACGACCACGAGAGAGGCACUGUUAACAGGGAAAAAGCUGUGGUCUUCUGAAGAUUACAGCACGUAUAAUGAUGACUUUGGGGCAGGAUGCUGGGCUCGUAUUCUUAACUGGAACUAUGUCAAUGGCAGGAUGACGUCGACUAUCUCCUGGAAUCUGAUAGCAAGCUAUUAUGAAGAUUUGUCUUUUGGUCGAGACGGUUUGAUGACUGCAGAAGAGCCGUGGAGUGGGAAUUACGUCGUCGAAACCCCAAUAUGGAUAACAGCUCACACUACUCAGUUUGUACAACCCGGCUGGACAUAUCUCCAGACCAUAGGGAACCUUACACAUGGUGGAAGUUAUGUAGCAUUGACAGACGGCCAAGGGAACCUCACAAUCAUCAUAGAAACCAUGACACACAAUCACUCGCAGUGCAUUAGGCCUCCGCUCCCUCCUUACAACGUCCAGGCUCAGAUAGCAUCUUUUCAGCUCAAAGGCUCCUUUGCUGCAAUCACUCAGCUGCAGCUGUGGUACUCAAAACUGGAUUUCAAUACCACUAAAGAUGUUCUCUUCAGGAAAGCAGAGCCCAUAAAGGUCUCCAACGGACGUUUUACCAUGAAGCUGGACGUUGAUGAACUUUACACGUUUACAACUAUCACCACUGGGCAGAAAGGCUUCUACCCUGAUCCUCCAGAUUCUGCUUUAUUUCCCAAAAAAUACUUUGAUGACUUCGAUGCCUUAAGCUCUCCCUUCUCAGAGGCCCCAUAUUUUGCUGAUCAGACAGGCGUGUUUGAGUACUUCACAAACCUCACGGAUUCAGGGGCACACAGGUACACUUUACGCCAGGUGGUCAACCACUGGCCAGUUUCCUGGGGUUACGAUGCAGAUCAGACCAUCAGUAUCAUCGGAGACCACAGCUGGCAGGACCUAUCAGUCUCCUGUGAUAUUUACCUUGAAAAUGAAGACAGCGGCGUCUUCGUUGCAGCCAGAGUGGAUCAAACCGGGGAAGCAGUCCGAAUAGCCAAAGGUGUAUUUUACUGGGUUUUUGCAAAUGGCACGUACAAAGUGACUAAUGAUAUAGUUGCACAGAAAGUUCUUGUGGAAGGAUUAUCAGGGACCAGACCGGGUAUCUGGCACACGCUGACACUUACAGUGAAGGGUAAUUUUGCUUUCGGAAUGCUGAACGGGUUUCCUUUAUGGAAGAAUGCUGUCGUACUUCACCCCAAGAACGGCUGGGCUGCGAUCGGAACGUCGUCGUUUGACUUUGCACAGUUUGAUAACUUUCUGGUUGAUGCAGAUUGAUUACAUUUCUCACUGCUUUCAGUCUAACUACAUAUUCACACACUCUGGAUGAUCAGAAUUACAAUGAUGAGUUGAACACAGAUGAAGAUUGUCGGAUUUUUGUGGGUCAAAAGAAUUCAUUGUGGCCCCUAUUAUAAAAUCAAUAACAGACAGUAUGGUUUAUGUGGUUAUUUUGCACACACGCUGUGAAUUCUUUCUUUCUGCAGUCAAAAUUAACUUCUUGUUAAUGAUACAAAGUAAAUAUUAAAAAAAAUUUCACACUAGCCAUGUUUUCCAACUAACACCAUUGGAAUAAUCACUACUUCUGAGAAUAUUAGUGCACAUUUCCAGGGAGAGUCUGCAGCGCAAUAUUAAUAAUGUAAACACCUUUUUGUUGUAUGUGUAUGUUUUGAAGGGAAAUCGUGUCCAUAAAUGCCAUAGUAUACAUUUAAAAAACAUACGAAUGAGCUGUAAACUUUCAAGUCUUUGUUGUAUAAAUGGCUUAUAAAUGCAAUGUUUACAAUUUA